AUGGGCAGCCUAGACUAUAGAUCCCUCCAAAGCAUCCCGAUCAGCUACGCGACAUGCUCGCUCGGAUCGCCAUCAAACCCUCCGCCUCUCCUCGACCGCUUGCAUGCUAUAUCCACCGCAGGUUUCACCGCCGUUGAGCUUUCUUUCCCAGACAUUCUCUCCUACGGCCAGACACUACUCGGCCAUGAAGUCGAACCGUCCAAUUAUGACGAGCUAUGCAAAGUAGCAAGCGAGAUUAAAAAGGAGUGCGACAAAAGAAGCCUUGGAAUUAUGAUGUUGCAGCCAUUUGCCAAUUACGAAGGCUGGCCCGAAGGUUCCGAUGGCCGCAAAGACGCCAUGGACCGGGCUCGCGGCUGGAUCCGCAUCAUGCAGGCGUGUGGGACAGAUUUGCUGCAAGUCGGAUCGACGGAUUCACCCCUCGAGAUACUAGACAGGAGUAAGAUGGUGUCUGACCUCCAGGUUCUCUGCGACAUGCUCAAGGAGCACAACUUCCGACUAGCCUACGAGAACUGGUGUUGGUCGACACAUGCACCUGACUGGAAAGAUGUUUGGAGUAUCGUUCAGCAGGUAAACCGUCCAAACAUCGGUCUAUGUCUUGAUACCUUCCAGACUGCAGGUGGAGAAUGGGGCGAUCCUAGGACGACUUCCGGUUUGCGAGAAGAUGUAUCCAAAGACGAGUUGGAAAAGCGGUUCCAAAAGAGCCUGGAAGAGCUGAGCUCCACCAUUCCCAAGGACAAGAUCUACCUUCUGCAGAUCAGCGAUGCCUAUAAAGUCCCUCAGACCUUCGAUGCUGAGCGUGACGAUGCAGGUCUGCUGCCUCGUGGACGAUGGAGUCACGACUUCCGACCUCUACCUUACAACGGAGGAUACCUACCGGUUGUUGAUGUUGCGAGAGCAGUGCUCAAGACGGGUUUCAGAGGCUGGUUCAGCUACGAGGUCUUUGACGGAGGUGCAGACGGUAAGGCUACGGACGUAGACAUUGUGGCUUAUGCACAUGCUGCGAAGAGUGUACAAGAUAGGCUGCUGCAGGACUGUGCCGGUCACAAGGUUCCGGAAGCGAUGGCAACAAGAUAG